UGAAAGUGGAGGAUCACGAAGAAAGAAUUUCAGUUUUUAAAGAGGAGGAGGAGGAGGAGGAGUGCAAUGGGGUGACUGCUGCCAUUAAAACUGAGGAUAUGAAUGAUUACUCUGUUGCUCUUGAAUUUCAAAAUCAUGAAACUGAGGAUAUUUUCAAGCAAGAGGCCUGUGAAGAAUUUCCGUCCAGUUUACAGCCCUGGUCCACUAAUACGGGACGACUGGCUACACAGGAGAAUUCUGCAGAGCUGAAAUCAGAGUUUUUGGAGUCUGAAGAGAACAUCACAGAGGGAAAUGAGAGAGAAGGAGAAGAGUCACCUGGGAGUGUUGGAAUAUAUUUACAGAAGAAUGACAGCUUCUCUCCACCUUCAUUUAGUCAGCUCUCUCUUCAAUACAAAGAGAAAGGUAUGAAGAAAUCAGCAAGAGGAUCAGAGAACCUGACAGCAGCCUUUUUGCAGUGCAGUUCUCUCCCUGCUACUGGAGUAACACAGACAGAAGCCAGCAAAACUAAUCAACAGCAACUGGAGAAAGAAAUCCAAAUUCACACAGAAGAAAAUGUUGUUUGGAAUGUGGCAAACAAUUCACACGAAAGUGAUCUUAAUAAGCAUAUGAAGAUUCACACAGGAGAAAAACCUUAUUGCUGUUCAGAAUGUGCUGAAUUCUUCAUGGCCGGCUUCUCUAACAGAGAGGACCUGAAGACUGUCUGUGGUAAAGAAGAACAACUGAGACAUAAAGUGAGAACUGGUCCUGAAGCUCCAAAUGUCCUCCUGCAGUCAUCUGAACCUCUGAGAGCUGAGGAGUUUUUACAGAAACAGCUGGAUGUGACACUGAGUGACAUCAAGAGGAGACUUGAGGAGAGAGAGAAGACACUGAAGGAGACGAGGAGGGCGAUGGACGAGAUGAAGGUGAGUGGAAUAGGAAGGUAGCACUUCAUAUCAAAGA